UAUAAAUAGAUGAAGGCGACAGCGGAGGAAGACAGAAGCCUCUCAGAGAUGAGGGCCUCAGUGGGUGCCCUGUGGUUCUCCUUCCUCUGCGCCUGUGUGGCUGAGGUCAACGGCGCCGAGAGUCCGCCCAGCGGGCCGGCUUGUCCUGCGGCGUGUGAUCAGCAAAGCGGCGUCCAGCUCAGAGGCGUCCUGGAGGACCUGCAAGCCAGACUGGCAGCUGCUGAGGAACAGCUGGAGGCGCUGAGGAACACAAUCCAAGGGUCGCGUGUUGCAUUUGGAGCAGCUCUUGGAAAUGAUGGCCAUGUUGGACCCAUCCGUGCUGAAACCCCACUGAUCUACAAGACUGUCUACAUGAACACAGGCGCGUACGACCCCGAGACAGGCAUUUUCACCGCUCCAGUCGGCGGCGUCUAUUACUUCAGCGUUACUGGCCACAGUCUGUCGUCCAAUCCCAUGGGUCUGCGGCUGAUGAGGUUUGCAAGGCAAAUGGCCGCGGUGAAGAACUAUGAAGCGGGAGAGCGCUUCGAGACCGCGAGCAACAGCAUGAUUCUACGGCUCGGAGCGGGCGACCAGAUACGCGUUUGGCUCACACCUAUGACUUGGGUUUAUGACGAUGGGGACAGUCUCAGCACCUUCACCGGUCAUCUGCUGUUCCCCAUGUAGGUGGAGUAACAUUCCGACUGAUAAUAAAAGCUCUAAAAUGGU